GGCGUCAAUUACUACCUCGGAGUACGUGAGACUUUACGGAGGUCGGUCGCGUGCUUGUGGGAAUGAAUGGAGCGUGCUUCUUCGAUCCAUCGAUUCGACUUCACGCUCGUGAUGGCAGAAACCAUGAAGCUAGGUGGUCCUCUCCUCUGCUCGGUUGCCCCGGAAUCCGCUAGAGCACUCCGUGACAAGGGGACGUGAGAGUGUGUGUGGAACAGCACCGAGCUCGGCAUUUGCACAAACAAGAGUGGGGCACGAACUCCGUCGACGCAUCCACGCGGUCCAUCGGUUUGAAUCGUGGGGAUGACAGGCAAAGAUCGAUCUGCCGGUGGCCAUUGCCCGCAAAACCAUGAACAGGAGGGACGAGAGAUGGCGCUGCUGCAUAUGGCUGCGGGUUCUUCUUGGAGUCCCGCACUAAUUACAAGAAUUAGGGGCCCUACCAACUGUCAGCAAGAAUCCAAAGCCUGCACAUAUCAUCGGUCUCUUCUUUUGCUGUGCAACCCAUCUCUGGCUUUCCUCCCCUCGUGUCUGUCGUCGGUGGUUCCUGCAAGCGGAGCGAGUUCACAACCUUCUCUGCUGCUGCUGUUAGAAUCUUGUAUGCAUUCAGCCUUUCUUCCUCCAUCUAGGGAGGCAGAAGCAGGAAUUCCCUAGUGUGGUCACUGUGAAUUGAAUCUUUUCCUUUUUAUUCUGUUCCCACUUUGAUAAGCAUCUUCUCGUUCUCAGAAUGCAAGGCGCAUUGCAUGAAACUUAGGGUUCAGGAUCGUCCGAGCUUGUCUCAUAUGAUGGCAUUUUAGGCGCAGUUUCUGCUGUUAGUUAAUUUGGAUCAGGCCUGUCAUGGAACCUUCUCUUGAUUGAUCUCUGCUUUUAUGUCUCUGUCUUCCAGGAGUUGCCCAUUGUAUACUAUGCUUUUGGAUCAGUUUCAUUGCUGACUUCAAAGAUUAGGUCAAAAAGAGUCGGUUCUGUGGUGGGAUGUCUGUUCCCUGAUACUUGACUAAGGACCUGUUCUUGUUCUUGUUCUUGUUAUCGUUGUGCUUCUUACUCCAUCAAUGGAGUAGAUCCAUAUGUAUACAAGUUCUUGGUUUAUCUUUGUUUUAGCCUUUCCAAAGAUACUAACUUUUAGGACAGUCCAUGCCCUAUUACAAAUUUCUGCUUCUAAAAUCCUUGUCAAAUGGGUAAAAAGGAUCGAAAAUCCUCUGGGGAUAUAGAAGAAGGGACACACCACUCUCACCUGAAUGAGAGUGAUGAUGACAGCCUUUGCUUCUCAGAUGCAGAAGCACAUUCUUGUCAUUCGCCAUAUGGCUCUAGUGGCAAUGGCCGUCGGGUCUCAGCUCAGGAGAUCGAUGGAUUUCAAGAGCCUUGUGGAAAAUCCGGCGUCUCAGAGUCUUCACUCGGAGAUGAUCUGGAGAAUGGUGCUUCAGAGGUAAAAGUUAACGUAGAUAGAGCUGAGCAAGAUUGCAGGAUCUGUCAUCUCAGCUUGGAGAAGGCAGCUCCAGAGUCAGGAGUCCCGAUCGUAUUAGGCUGUUCCUGCAAGGAUGAUUUAGCUGCUGCCCACAAGCAGUGUGCUGAAACAUGGUUUAAGAUCAAAGGAAACAAGAUCUGUGAGAUUUGUGGUUCAACCGCACGCAACGUGGUUGAUCUGGUUGAGUCUGAGCCCACAGAGCAGUGGAGUGAGGCUAAUUCUUCUACAGCUCCACCUGCUGCCCCACCAUCGGAAACUCGGAGUUUUUGGCAGGGGCACCGUUUUCUUAAAUUCCUCCUCGCAUGUUUGGUGCUUGCCUUUGUCAUCUCCUGGCUCUUCCAUUUCAAUGUUCCAGGGUGAAUGCUAGAGGUUUGCAAGAGA